AUGGGGGCUGGACACACCCUGAAGCCCUUUGCAGUCCCUUCUAAGCAGGCCAUUCUCCCAUGGUCCCUCCCCAUCCAGCCAGCCCCAAUUGUACCGCUGCAGCUAAAAGAAGCUGGCAUUAUCAACAGAAUAUGUCUGAAGACCAACUAUUGGCACAACGUGCUGACCCCAGCAGAGAUCAAAUCAAUUUGCCAAGCAAUUCUCGACUCUGGAAAGCAAUAUGCCAUGAAAAAGAGGAAACCAUUUCCUCUGAUGUAUUCUUACUAUGGAUCUGAAUACUUGGGAACAGCUCGUAACCUAUCAUCGAUUCUCCAGAUGCUUCUUUCUUACUAUGAACACAUCAAGCCCUCAGAUCAGGAGCUGGUAUGGCAGAGUGUGGACUUCCUCAUGGAGCGGGAACAGAACUGCAACUGGCCACCUGAGCUUGGCAAGGCCAUUGAGAGAGAGAACGAGCUGGUGCACUGGUGCCAUGGCGCCCCAGAGCAUUGCCUAUCUGUUUGCAAAGCUUAUCUGGUUUCCAAGAAACCACAGUACCUGGACACAUGUAUCCAGUGUGGGGAACUCACAUGACAGAAGGGCCUACUAAAGAAGGGGCCAGGAAUUUGCCACGGUGUAGCUGGCAGUGCCUUUGUCUUCCUGUUGCUUUAUCAGCUCACAGGAAACUCUAAAUAUAUCUACCGAGCUCAAAGGUUUGCUGAGUUUUUAUUUAUUGAGGAAUUCAAGGCCAGUUCUCACGUCCUUGAAAGUAUAUACAGCUUGUAUGAAGGCUUCUCUGGGAUGGUGUGCUUUCUGAUUGGUCUGCUGCAGCCCAGUCAGGCUGAAUUCCCUCUCUUCAGAGUCUUUGUUUAG